AUGUCCACGGCUAUUGGAUCCGAGUCUCUUAACUUUUUCGCAAGAUCUGGGGCGCUUGCGUUUGGCAUCGUCUAUGGUGCAAUCCGCACACGAGCGUUGAAUCGAAAGGAAGCAAGAAUUGAGGCAAGAGAAGAAGCUCUAGCAAAGAAGAAGGCAGAAAGAGCUGCAAAGCGAGCUGCAAAGGCUAAAUUGCAGCAGCCUGAAGCUAAGCAAGAGGAUGAUUUCUGGGGUGAACUGCUGAAAGACUCGAAGUGA